GCAGUAAACGUCAGUAAAGCUUUGUAAAUCGCAACGAAUAGUGUAAAGGAUUCCUUCUUUUUAUCAUUAUCAUUCAAGUUUCAAGUGGUUUUUCCUCGUGUUACGAUUUAGUGCGUAUCAAAGUGCAUUAGUGCAAGUCAAAUUUCUAAAAAUAUUUCAUAAUAGUGUGAAUACAAGUUACCCAUCAAUUUGUGAAUAAGGAACAAGCCGGCCGAUAAAAUGGGCGAGAACGAUAAGUCAGUCAAGUGCGAGAACGCCGAGGAAGAAGAGUACGACGAGAUGUUCGAGCAAGAUUUGCAAGAGGACGCACAGUGGAAACGAAUACAGCAGAAUACGUUUACGAGAUGGGCGAACGAAAGGCUAAAAGCAGCAAACAAAAAUAUUGAUAAUCUCGAGACUGAUUUGUCGGAUGGCCUUCGAUUGAUCUCGUUGAUCGAGGUGCUUGCACAGAAGAAACUUCCGAAACACAGUCAACGGCCCACUUUCAGAUCGCAGAAACUGGAAAAUGUGUCCGUGGCUCUAAAGUUUUUGGAUGACGAGGGAAUCAGGAUCGUUAACAUUGAUUCAUCGGACAUUGUAGACUGCAAAUUAAAGUUGAUCCUUGGACUAAUAUGGACACUGAUUCUCCACUACUCUAUCUCGAUGCCCAUGUGGGACGGAGAGGAAAGCAACGAAUACGACAAACAUGCAUCGCCAAAACAAAGACUGAUGCAUUGGAUCAAGUCGAAACUUCCGGAUCUGCAGAUUAACAACUUCACUACCGAUUGGAACGAUGGACGCGCUGUCGGCGCCCUAGUAGAUGCUGUUGCACCAGGACUCUGCCCAGACUGGCAAGAUUGGAACCCAAAGGAUGCCAUACAGAAUGCUUCUGAAGCGAUGGGACUCGCUGAUGAUUGGCUCAAUAUACCACAGCUCAUCAAACCAGAGGAAAUUGUAAAUCCAAAUAUAGAUGAAAUGUCAAUGAUGACGUACCUCUCUCAGUAUCCUAACGCGAAAUUAAAGUCAGGAGCACCGCUUCGACCACGUACCAAUCGAAAUAGCACCCCGCUACCGCGAGUACGCGUUUAUGGACCUGGUAUUGAACCAAGUGGUCCAGUUGUUGGAGCACCAGCUAAUUUCACCGUUGAAACAUUUUCUGCUGGCAAAGGAAAUGUCGACGUCACUGUGGAGGACCCAGAUGGAAAUAAAAUACCUGUGGAUGUUCAUUUCAACAAGGACAAGAAUCUCACUCAUUCUGUAUCCUAUACCCCAAGGAAAGAAGGACCUCAUAAAAUAAAAAUACUAUUUGCUGGUAGAGAAAUUCCAAAGAGCCCUUAUGUGGUUAAUGUAGAAGUACAGGCUGGUGAUCCUGGCAAAGUGACAGCAAGUGGUCCAGGAUUGCAACCAGAAGGUGUCAUAGUUAAUAAACCUACCUUCUUUGAAAUAAAUACAAAAGAUGCUGGACGUGGUAUACCAGAAGUGAUCAUAUUGGACCCUCAAGGUACAAAGACAACUGUGCCAGUGAAAUUACGUCAAACAUUACCAGAUGUAUGGAGAUGUGACUACACUUCCCCAGUAACUGGUUUACACUCAGUGAACAUAUUCUUUGCUGGUAAAUUAAUUCCUGGAAGUCCUUGUGGUGUUAAUGUGGGUCUUGCAUCAGAUGCAAAGAAAUGUAGAGCUUAUGGUCGUGGGCUCUUACCUAAUGGAGUUCGAGUUCAAGAUGACGCGGAUUUCGUCAUCGUCACCAAAGGCGCAGGUGAAGAUGUACCUGGAGUGAAAGUAAUUGGCCCUGGAGGAGUAAACUGUCCUGUGAAUAUGACAAAAAUUGAUGACAAAACGUAUGAGUGCCAUUAUACACCAGUAAAAGAGGGACGACACGUGGUUAUGAUAACUUAUGGUGGACAAGAAAUUCAUAAAUCACCUUUUGAAGUGAACGUUGGUCCUUAUAAAGAAUCAGCUAUAAGAGCUUUUGGUCCUGGCCUCCAUAGUGGUGUUGUUGAUUACCCAGCAAAGUUUACUGUGGAUACUAAUGGGGAAACUGGAGGUCUUGGAUUUUCCAUCGAAGGUCCUUCAAAAGCGAAAAUUGCUUGCCAUGAUAAUGGUGAUGGAACAGCGGAUGUAUCUUAUUUACCAACUGCACCUGGUCGUUAUGCUGUUCAUAUACUUUGCGAUAAUGAGGACAUUCCGAAAUCACCGUACGUUGCGAAUAUUGUACCGAAAGCCGACUUUGACCCUAACAAGGUUGAAGUGUACGGUCCUGGAGUUCAAGCAAAAUCUAUUCCUAGUGGAAAACCAACAAUUUUCACAGUAGAUGUAAAGAAAGCUGGUCAAGCACCUUUGGAAGUUGCUAUUCAGGAUGCUUUGGGAAGAGACGUCCCAGUUCAGCUGGAUGAUAAACAUGAUGGUACAGUGCAGUGUAGUUAUACUCCAACCUCUGGAUCGCAACAUGUCAUCAUGGUAAAUUACGGUGGUGUAGCUACAAAAGAGUCUCCUUAUAGGAUGAAAGUAGAAGCACCAUUAAAUCCAGCUAUGGUACAAGCCUUUGGACCUGGUCUCGAGAAGGGUGUCAAGUCUAAUACUCCAACACAUUUUAACAUCGACUGUCGUGAAGCUGGUCCAGGUGAUCUUCAUGUCACCAUGUUAAAUCCUGAAGGAAGAGAAGUUCUGUUUUCAAUAACGGAUAACGAAGAUGGUAUAUACACCGUUGAUUACGUGGCACCUCAACCAGGGAAUUACUUAGUACACUUAAAUUAUGGAGGACUGAAAGUACCCCAUAGUCCAUACAAGAUCACCGUUGAACCACAUGUAGAUGUCUCGAAGAUUAAAGUUGAUGGUCUUGCACGAACGGCCCCGGUGAACAGUUUGCAGCAGUUUCGCGUGAUAACCCAGGAUGCGGGGAAGGCAGCGGACUUUCAGGUGGUAAUUACAUCUCCAUCAGGCAAUCGUGUGAAAGCCCACGUGGUACCGACGCACGAUGGUUACUUGGUGAACUUUACACCCACGGAGCUGGGCGAAUAUUUAUUGGCAAUUAGUUUCGGCGGAGAACCGAUAUCGAAUCAACCUUACUGUUUAACUUGCGUGCAUGGCUCUGAUCCUGGAAAGGUUCGAGCAUCCGGGCCAGGUUUGUCCCAUGGAAUAGUGAACAAACCAGCCGAGUUUGUGAUCGAUACUCGUGGAGCUGGACAAGGUGGUCUCGGCGUCACCGUCGAAGGUCCUUGCGAAGCUGCCAUUAACUGUCGAGAUAAUGGCGACGGUACUUGUUCAGUUGCCUAUCUGCCAACGGAAGUUGGCGAUUACGGCAUCAAUAUCACGUUUAACGAGCAACAUAUUCCUGGCUCACCUUUUCAGGCUAUCGUUGUUAAGAAUACUGACGUGUCUAAGAUCAAAGUCACUGGGAACGGCAUUCAACCGAACGGUCUAUGUGUCGACCAGUCAACAGAAUUUACAAUAGACACUCGAGAAAUCGGAAAGACAGAAAACGACGUUAAUAAAGUUUCGUGUACAAUUAAUAAUCCCAGUGGUGCUACAACCGACAAGAUCAUUAUCCCUCAAGGAAAUGGUACCUAUUUAGUUAGGUACAUACCGUUUGAAGAGGGUCGACAUUCAGUAGACAUACUUUACGACAAUAUUCCUAUACCUGGAUCCCCAUUCACAGUGAAUGUGCAACGUACAUCUGAUCCUAGUAAAUGCAAAGCAUAUGGACCAGGUUUACAGAAGGGACGAGUAAACAAAAUUAACACAUUCACCAUUGAAACUAAAGAUGCUGGCAAAGGCGGUUUGAAUUUAUCUGUGGAAGGCAGUAACGAAGUAAAGGCGACUUGCAGAGACAAUUACGACGGUUCCUGCACCGUGGAAUAUACUACAACUGAACCGGGUGAUUACGAGUUUUCCAUCAAAUUCGCAGACCAACACAUACCUGGAUCUCCUUUCCGAAUACCCAUUGAAAAAGAUACAGAAACAAGCAAGGUGACUGCAUAUGGUGCAGGAUUAGAAGCUGUACGAGAGAAUGUACCAGCCAAAUUCAUUGUAAAUACAUGGAGGUGUAAUCCAGCACAGUUGGACAUCACUUUAAAGACUGAUAAGGGACAGGUUCAAAAUCCAAUAAUCAAAGACCGUGGAGAUGGUUUAUACGAAGUCAUUUAUCAACCACCACCUGCUGGAAGUAAUUUACAAGUUAAAGUUACUUAUGAUGGAGAAGAUAUACACGGAAGUCCUUUCAAACCGAAGGUUUUACCAACUGUCGAGCCAAAUAAAGUUGUAUUAUCAGGUCCUGGAGUGGCGCCUGUUUGCACUGCUUCAUUUCCAGUUGAUUUUGUUGUGGAUACUUCCAAAGCUGGCUAUGGUGAUCUUGAAGUUCAAGUUUUGGGUCCAGAUCAAAUACCUCGCAGAGUUGAAAUUCAAGACCUAGGAGAUGGAAAAUACAAGGCAACGUAUUUACCUGAUGAUUGUGGCCGUUACAAGAUCAAUGUGAAAUACGGAGGUAAAGAAGUAUCUGGAUGUCCAGUAAACGUCCAGAGUGUUUCCACUGGAAAAGCUGACCAAUGCAAAAUCAAAGAGGGCAUUCAGCACACUCUUGCUCAGGGUGAAGAAUAUUGCAUCACUGUAGAUACUGAAAAUGCGGGACGUGGUGCAGUUACCUGUCGUAUACGCUCCACUUCUGGAAGUGAGGUCGUAGAUAUUGACAUUGAAGAUAAUGGAGAUGGCACAGUUAACAUUUACUAUACCGUCGCUGAUGCUGGUGAUUACACCCUCAGUAUCAAGUUUGGUGGUCAACCGAUACCAGAGGGAUUUUAUACAUUCACGGCUUCGGAGGAGUAUCGCGAGCAUAGCACACACAAAACUCACAGAGCCAAGAGGACUCGUCAAAGACAGGAACAACGCGUUGAACAACACAGCUCGAGUGUACAAGAAACUUCCAGUGUAUCAAAGAAGAAUUUCAACGUAAUCCGACUGAAUAACAUCCCUCUACCAGUAGCCGGUGGCACUGUAACAUCGGAAGUAAAGAUGCCAAGUGGGAAUGUGGAUAAGCCAGUGAUCGAGGAUAAUCAUGAUGGCACCGUGUCUCUUAAAUAUGAUCCAAGAGAAGAGGGACAGCAUGAAAUCUCAGUUAAAUUCAACGGCGAACAUGUUCAAGGUUCACCGUUCAGAUUCCACGUGGACUCCUUAGCAAGUGGUUAUGUGACAGCUUAUGGACCAGGUUUAAUCUAUGGUGUUUGUGGCGAGCCUGCAAACUUCACCAUAUCUACAAAAGGAGCUGGAGCUGGUGGUCUGUCGUUAGCUGUAGAAGGACCUAGCAAAGCUGAGAUCUCCUGUCACGACAAUAAGGAUGGAACAGUUUCAGUUUCUUACCUACCAACUGCUCCAGGAGAAUAUAAAAUCACUGUUAAAUUUGGUGAUAAAUAUAUCAAGGGCAGUCCUUAUGUUGCUAAAAUUACAGGCGAAGGUCGCAAGAGAAACCAAAUAUCUGUGGGUUCCUCCAGCGAGGUACAGCUACCUGGAAAAGUAACAGACUCAGAUAUCAGAUCACUGAAUGCCUCCAUCACAGCGCCAAGCGGUCUCGAGGAGCCAUGUUUCCUGAAGAUGCUUCCUAAUGGCAACAUGUGCGUGUCCUUCACCCCUCGCGAAUCUGGAGAACAUACAGUCGCUGUGAAGAAGAUGGGCAAACACAUCCCUAACUCUCCCUUCAAGAUCGACGUGAAGGACCGAGAGGUGGGUGACGCCAAGAAGGUCAAAGUAUCCGGCGCAGGUUUGAAGGAGGGUAAGACACACGUAGAAAACACCUUCUCCAUCGACACAAGAAAUGCCGGUUUCGGUGGUCUCUCCUUGUCUAUGGAAGGACCUAGUAAAGCAGAGAUUCAAUGCAAGGACAACGAAGAUGGCACUCUGAAUAUUUCUUAUAAGCCCACCGAGCCUGGAUACUACAUCAUGAACUUGAAAUUCGCUGAUCACCACGUGGAAGGCUCUCCGUUCACCGUGAAAGUAACUGGCGAAGGUAGCAAUCGUCAGAGAGAGAAGAUUCAACGACAGAGGGAAGCUGUACCCAUCACAGAAGUUGGUAGUCAGUGCAAAUUAACCUUCAAGAUGCCUGGCAUCACCUCAUUUGACCUCGCAGCCACUGUGACUUCACCGGGAGGUGUAACCGGAGAUGCAGAGAUCAAAGAAGUUGAGGAUGGUUUAUACGCGGUGGCGUUUGUGCCCAAGGAACUCGGGGUGCACACUGUCUCAGUUCGUUACAGGGAAAUGCACAUCCCUGGCUCACCGUUCCAGUUCACAGUUGGUCCACUGAGGGAUGGUGGAGCUCAUAGGGUACAUGCUGGUGGUCCUGGUUUGGAAAGGGGCGAACAAGGGGAACCUUGCGAGUUUAAUAUCUGGACCAGGGAAGCAGGAGCUGGUACUCUGGCCGUGUCGGUCGAAGGACCUAGCAAGGCUCAGAUUGACUUCAAGGAUCGGAAGGACGGCAGUUGUUAUGUUAGUUACGUCGUCUCUGAACCUGGCGAGUACAGAGUAGGAAUGAAGUUCAACGAUCAACAUAUACCCGAUUCGCCACACAAGGUUUACAUAUCACCGGCGAUGGGCGAUGCUCAUAAGCUCGAGGUAGCGCAAUUUCCGGAACACGAUGUUCAGCCCGACAAACCGGCCACCUUCCUUGUUCGUAAAAAUGGUGCCAAGGGUGAACUAGACGCCAAGAUCGUAUCACCAAACGGAGUAGAAGAUGAUUGCUUUAUUCAGUCCAUCGAUACUGACACGUAUUCCGUGCGAUUUAUGGCGCGGGAAAAUGGCAUUCACAAUAUUCACGUAAAGUUCAACGGUGUUCACAUAACUGGCAGCCCCUUCCGUAUCAAAGUGGGAAAAGUGGACGCCGAUCCAGCCGCGAUAAACGCCUGUGGGAACGGUUUAAAGGAGAUCAAAACUGGACAAAAGACGGACUUCAUUAUUGACACUUGCAACGCUGGUAGCGGAGCUCUUAAUGUGACCAUAGAUGGUCCUAGCAAAGUUGCAAUGGACUGUACAGAGGUUGAAGAGGGUUAUAAAGUUAGGUACACACCUUUGGUACCUGGAGAUUAUUACAUCAGUAUCAAGUACAAUGGAUACCACAUUGUAGGCUCGCCAUUCAAAGUUCCUUGCACUGGUGCGGAUCUGGCAGAAAGAGGAGCACAAGAAUCAAGUUCCAUUCUUGUCGAAACUGUUCAAAAGAUAUCAAAGGCGAAACAAACCGGGCCAAUUUUACCCCUGUUCAAAUCUGACGCUAGUAAAAUAACUAGCAAAGGAAUGGGAUUGAAGAAAGCAUACCUUGGAAAACAAAAUCAGUUCACUGUUCAUGCUAGCGAUGCCGGCAAUAACAUUUUGUACGUUGGUGUAUAUGGACCUAAAGGACCGUGCGAGGAGGUGUAUGUGAAGCACACAGGACGAAAUAAUUACACCGUAAACUAUAUGGUACGAGAAAGAGGAGAGUAUAUAGUUAUUGUAAAGUGGGGUGACGACCAUAUUCCUGGAUCGCCGUAUAAGGUCGAAGUGUAAAGAAAAACGUUUCUUCGAAGAGGAACAACAAAACGAAAUACUGUGGCCAAAUUCUUACAUUAAUUAUUCAACAAUUCUUUACACGUAUUCUUGAUGAUCAUCCGUUAUAGCAUCUAUUUAUUUUAAACAUUAGCAGAAUAAAAUGUAUUCUUAUACGAUGGAACGCGUAUGACACGAACAUUUUUAGGCUAUAUGAUGUUUCAUCACGAAAAAUUCGUCUUCCAAAAAUUUUACAUUUUUAUUCUGAAUAUUUUACUGCGUCAAUUAUGGUUCCCUGCCAUAUAAUUUGAGUGAAAAAAGAUGAAAAGAACCAUAUAAAUAAGAACCAUGAAUGCUGAAACGAUGGAAGUAAAAGUACCAAUUGUUUGACCAUUAUUUACUUUAUUAUUGUGUGUUACAUUGAGAGGAAUUUGAACAUUCAAGAUACUAGUCGAAGUACAAAUAAGCUUCUUCCGUAGAAUAGUACUUUAGACGCGAGUUUAAAGCUUUGUCAGUUGUGUCUGUAUCUGUCCCCAUAACUUAUAUUGUUCUCAUCUAAUAUUUAAUCAUCUAAUGUACAAUAAUAGCAACGAAGUUAUAUAUUUGGUUGAAAUAUGUUACAUUAAACUAUAAAUACUUUUGGAACAAUCUUGUUACUACUAUUGAUAAAACAGUGGUCAAUCUUUUAUUUUUAUCUAGAACAAAGGAUAAAAUAUUAGAAUAUUAUCAGCGAAGUAAGAUUCUUAGCCUUAGUAUUAUUUUUUUCUGUAGAGAGAAUAAUUCUGUGAUACAAGAAUGUAGUUUUUAAUUAAAAUGACUUUCUAAAUGUUGUAGAAAGAGUCCUAAAAAAUUAUUCUAAGAGCAAUUAAUGUUUUAGAGAAUUAUUCUAAAUGUAUUAAAAGAAAUGCCUUCUGUGCAUGAGAUUUGAUUAACUGGGGUUAAAAGUGUUAACUAUUGUAGUAAUUUGUACCAGUGACUGGUAUUGAAGAAGAAUUUUAAAACCACAGAUAAUUAAUUAUUCCUUUUAGGAAAAAAAUGUUGUAGCACUAUACAAAUAGUCAAUGACACUUAGAAUUGCUUGUAUUUUGAUAUUUAUACCCUUGUUUUGAAAAAAAAGAACAAACUAACAAAACAUCUUUCCUAAAAGUGUUUAUAAUUUAAUCAAACAAAUAUUUUAGCUGAAAAUGUAUAGUACAUAUGUAACUUUGUUAUGAUUGUUAAUAACAUAGCUAGUGUAUUGUGUUCAUUAAAUGAUUAAAUGAUAGACCAAAGUGAAAAUGAUAUAAAACUGUUCAUAAGUAACGAGGACAAAUAAGUCAAUUACUUGUGUUUGAAAAACUAAGAAAAAAACAAUACCAACUGUGCCUUCCAUUCUAGUUUCAGAUAAAUUUAUUCUAUUAAAACGUGCUCUAAAUGUACUGUUAGUCUCUCUACUGCGUGAUAUGUCACUUAAAUGUAAUUAUAUCGAACAAAAGUGCAAACUAAAAGCAUCGAUUAUUAUAAAACAUACAAGAAAUGAAAUAAACAAUAUGUUUAUUAAUGA